AGAACCUCCAGUUCCACCGUAGCAUGCACACCAUACCAUGGGCGACGAGUCGUCGCCGACGACACGUUAGCAUUGCAAGCCUAUGCUACUGGCAGUCCAUGAAGAAAUAGAAAGGACCUGACAGCACUUGAUAGCUAGUUUUCAAGCAAUGAUCCUAUGGUUUUGUUAAUACCUGUAAGUGGUUGACAUGUCAAGCGUGCAGCCUCGAAUAGCGAGCACCGCCGAAUGUGAUCCCGGAUCACGUUAAUUGCAGUUAGUAAUCUUCGUUGAAAGUAUUUAGUUAAGUAAAUCGUAUAAAAAUGAAGACAGCAUUGAUGGUAGCUGAGAAGCCGUCUCUGGCAGCGUCCCUUGCCAAUAUUUUAAGUAACGGCCGAUGCACUUCCAGGAAAGGUUUAAAUGGAUCGUCUUGUUCGGUAUUCGAAUGGAUAGGUCAGUUCAGGUCAGAGACAGUGAACUUUAAAAUGACCUCUGUAUUCGGUCAUGUAAUGACGUUAGACUUUAUUGGAAAGUAUAAUAAUUGGGAUAAAGUUGAUCCUGCAGAGCUAUUUUCAUGCCCAACCGAAAAAAAGGAAGCAGUUCCUAGAUUAAAAAUUCCUUACUUCUUAGGUAAAGAAGGAGGUCAUUGCGAUUAUCUAGUAUNGACAAGAACCUCCAGUUCCACCGUAGCAUGCACACCAUACCAUGGGCGACGAGUCGUCGCCGACGACACGUUAGCAUUGCAAGCCUAUGCUACUGGCAGUCCAUGUAUGUAUAGUCAAAGCGACUGUAGUAAAAAUAUAAAUCGCAUACAGUUAAUAACUUCAGAAGAAAUAGAAAGGACCUGA